AUGAGUUCCAGCGGGGGAGAUGCGAAGCUGUUCGCCAGGGGCAAAGUCGCCGAGUUGCGACAGGAACUCAACAGCGGCGGCAAGAAGGACAAGAACUUCUCCGCCAAGAAGAUCGCUCUGAAGAAGAUUGUCGCGAACAUGACUAUGAGCAACAACGAUAUGGUCGGCCUGUUUCCAGAUGUGAUCGGAUGUAUGAACCUACCGAGCUUGGAAAUCAAGAAGAUGUGCUUCUUGUUCUUGGUGAACUAUUCGAGAAUGAAACCGGAAAUUGCACUGAAGGCGCUGCCCAUUUUGGUCAAUGACAUGGAGGACUCGAACCCUCUAGUACGUGCUCUCGCGCUGCGGACUAUCUCAUACGUGCACGUCCGCGAGUAUGUCGAGGCGACAAUCCAGCCUGUCAAGCGGUUAAUGGGAGAUAUGGAUCCCUACGUUCGCAAAACCGCCGCGUUCUGCGUCGCCAAGCUUUAUGAACAUGACAAGAAGAUGAUCGAGGCCUCCGAUUUGAUCGAUCGGUUGAAUCAGAUGCUGAAGGAUGAGAAUCCGACGGUUGUCUCCAGCGUCCUUGCUUCCCUGGUGGAUAUCUGGGGCCGGAGUGAAACCAUUUCUCUGACGAUCGAUUACACGAGUGCCUCGAAAUUGGUUUCGAUCUUACCGGAUUGCUCUGAAUGGGGUCAGUCCUACAUUCUCGAGGCUCUAAUGUCCUACGUCCCGCAAGAUUCGGCAGAGGCCCUUUUGCUCGCAGAACGAAUCGCUCCCCGUCUUUCCCACUCCAACUCCGCCGUCGUCCUCACUUCAAUCCGUGUCAUCCUUUACCUUAUGAACUACAUCGCCGACGAAAGACAUGUUACCUCACUAUCGAAAAAGCUCUCGCCCCCACUCGUCACUCUCUUGUCGAAACCCCCAGAAGUCCAGUAUCUGGCGCUCCGAAAUGCCAUUCUCAUCCUUCAGAAGAGACCUGAGGUCUUACGGAACGAUAUUCGGGUGUUUUUCUGCAACUACAACGAUCCUAUUUACGUCAAGGUCACCAAGCUGGAACUUAUAUUCAUGUUGACCACGAAGGAGAACAUCUCUGUCGUUCUGGCAGAACUGCGAGAAUACGCCACCGAAAUUGACGUACAUUUCGUGCGCAAGGCCGUCCGCGCCAUUGGAAAACUCGCCAUCAAGAUCGAGUCCGCGGCACGGCAAUGCAUCGACACUCUGCUUGACCUGGUUAACGCCAAAAUCCCCUACAUCGUGCAGGAAGCCACGGUGGUCAUCCGCAACAUCUUCCGCAAGUACCCUAACCAGUACGAGAGCAUCAUCGGCCAGGUGAUCCAGAACAUCGACGAGCUGGACGAGCCCGAGGCCAAGGCCGCCAUCAUCUGGAUCAUCGGCCAGUACGCCGACCGCAUCGAGAACUCGGACGGCCUGCUGCAGGACUACCUGGCCACCUUCCACGACGAGACCAUCGAGGUGCAGCUGGCGCUGCUGACCGCCACGGUGAAAUUCUUCAUCCAGCGCCCCACCAAGGGCCAGCAGCUCGUGCCGCAGGUCCUGAAAUGGUGCACUGAGGAGACCGACGACCCGGACCUCCGCGAUCGCGGCUACAUGUACUGGCGGCUGCUGUCCAGCGACCCGGCCACCGCGCGCCAGGUCGUCAUGGGCCAGAAGCCGCCCAUCAGCGCCGAGAGCGAGAAACUCGACUCGCGCACCCUAGAGGAACUCUGCCUGAACGUCGGCACCCUCGCCACCGUCUACCUGAAGCCCGUGCAGCAGGUCUUCCGCUCCGCCCGCACCCGCCGCCUCCAGUACAGUCCCGCGCUGCAGAAACCGCGCGAGGACAGCGGCAGCACCGUCUUCCAGUUCCCAGCGCCGACUCCGCAAGGAGGCGCCCCUGCCGGCGCCGCGAUCUCUGCCACUGCCGCUGCCUCGGGAACGCCGACGUCGCCGACCAACGGCUCCGACCUGGGCCCACCGGGCGACAUGAACGCGGCGGUCAACGCGGCCGACAACUACUUCAACAACAUGGGCACGCAGCAGAUGGCGGCGCUAGAUCUAGGCGGUCGAGGCGACGGCGGUGCCGGCGGCGGUGGCGCCUCGCAGAUGCAGUACAUCGUGAAUCAGAAUCAGCAGUCAGUGUAUCAACCUCAAUUGGCCGGCGGGGCAGCUACGGGAGAGCUGUUGUUACUGUGA